AUGGCCCUUAAGGGGAGAGAUGUCGCUGUCGCUGGCAUCGCCUGCUUCAUUGCCUGGGGCUAUGCCGUGAGCUGGUUUCCUACUAUACGAUGGGCCGCCCAUGCCUUCGUCUUGGGCGUCGCGGCCACCCUCCUGGUCUGUCUGUGCCUUAUACUCCUGACAUCCCGAGGCUCAGCGUAUCCCCAAAGGAACAGAUCGUCACGGCCAAACGCAGCUCACUUUACAGGAGCGGAGGCGUGGCACAAAGGAAUUACCGCUCUACGAGCCCGACAAACCUACGUGAAAGCACCGCUCUACCCCGACUCCCCGAGAAUAUCACACGCGCUGGACCAUCUGCUCGAGCUGGUCGUGCGAGACUUCGUCAAGUCAUGGUAUUCGAACAUCAGCAAGAACCCUGUGUUCGCGAACGAGGUCGACAAGACUACGCGCCAUGCGCUGGCCAGAAUACGAGACCGUUUGUUCGAAACCGACCUAGUUGAGGUCGUCAUUGGCAGGAUCGUCCCGAUAUUGACGGCUCACUUUCGAGACUUUUACGAUGCCGAAAGGGCUGUACGUGGUCGCAAGUUGAACCGCGACGUCACCGAGUCCGAGGAGUUGGACCUAGCUAUCGCCGCGAAGUACAAAGAUGGAAAGCUACACCCUGCUGCAUCUCUGGCCUACUCGGACACAAAGACAGUACAGCAAGAGCACUUGCGGCACAUGAUAGCUGGCAUCUUGCCCCAGGUUCUCCCAAGUAACCUGAUGGAUAGCCGAGCCGUAUCCAGUAUCGUCCGCGAGAUCGUCUCAUGCGCUGUUAUGUUUCCGGUUAUGCAGCUCCUGUCGGAACCAGAUACAUGGAACCAGAUCAUGGAAAACAUAGGACGCAGCAUGUUGCAAGACCGUUCUACCGUCCGCAAGCUGCGGGCUGCUUUGGAUGCGCAUGCAUCACCAACGCCUAGGAGUUCCAAAGCCGUUGCGUUCCCACGACUGUCGCAGGGUGAUGGCGAGCGCAGAUUUGAGAAGUUCAUUCGUACCAUUCGAAAACUGAAUAAUCUGUCCGACGCACGGCGGUUCAGGAGCGAAGUGGCAAGCCAACUCAAGAAAGACUCACAGAAAGAAGGACAAGACCCGGUGUACCUGCGGCGACUGGAGAUGGCUAAAAGACUUUUGGACCAAAGAGUUCAACAGCUAGCUGCUGGGGGCGAUAGAAGGAAUGCGCCUAUCGUCAGCAAUCCAUCGCAGGGCCCUACCUCCUCGCGGUUGGAGCAUGCAUCGCUAGAGGAGAUCUUGCGCGACACCUUGGGUCUUUCGUAUUUCAUGGAGUAUAUGGACAGACAACGUCUGAUGCCUCUCGUUCAGUUCUGGCUAGUGGUGGAUGGUUUCCGGAAUCCACUGGAAGACGCCACAGCCGAUGACGACCAACUGCCGACUACAUUGAGCCCCUGGACAGAUUCUGAUCGCGCCGACCUUGCUCAGAUUGACCAGGCGUACCUGUCCCGACCCGAGCUACGCGUGCCCGUUGCUGCACGGCAAGCGAUUCGCGAGUUUCUCAGUGCUGGAAGGCAAGCAAGUCCGGCGCAAUACCAUGUGGCACGCCGGGCUGUGCUGAAAGUCCAAAGCAAUGUACUCGAGGAUAUGCAAUCCAGGUACCUGCAAGCUUUCAAGAAGUCGGACCUAUUCUACAAAGCCCUCGCAUCCGAGGAAGCCUCGAAAACAAUCCCACCGCCUCAACCACCUCAGGCAGGCCCAUCAACGAGCACACACAUGCAGAGAGCGUCAACUUCGUACUCGCUGAAGCCUACGCCGGUGGCACGGCUUAAUCCGAGACUUAACUCAACCAACACUCAAGUUCGGCGGGGACUCUCUGCCAAUGAUGUAAGGGCUGCGUCUACUAAUGGUAGUCAUAGCCCUGAACCUCGUGCAGGCCAUCGGCGAUCAAUUGACGACUCUAAUAGCUCCCCCUUGUUCGACGACGACGAUUUGGACCAUGAUCCAAUGGGAGACUCGGUACAGAGUCUUGAUCAGGAACCUUCAAGGGACCAGCCGGACACUCAAGUCGUCCAAGCAAUGGAGGCAGUGCUGAAUGAUAUUAUGGAAGAUGAGCGUCCACAAACUGCUGAAGAUCUUCGAGAGUCGUUGUUUGGAAACGAUGACGGUACUGCGAGCCUCUUCUCAGCUCAAGACAACGACUCUGCUAGGGGCUCCUCCAUAGACCUCCAGCGCCCCGCCCCAACCGGUAAAGAAAUCGAAAAGCCCAGUCUUUCGUCUCUGGGACUCGUGAGUGCGGCUUCCCGAAUCGGUGUCUUCAUGGACGACGAUCUCUUCGGAGACGAGGAAAGGUUCCUCUCGGAUGAGCAGGAAGACAACGAUGAGGACCAGCAGGUUUCAAUUGAGGAUGAAGUCCAUGAAGCUGCACCCGGCGACUUGGGCCUUGCGGAGGCUAUCACCGCGCUGACAAACGAUAUCGAUCGACUCGCGGCACAAGAGGCAGUCAUCGAGUCUUUGACGAAGAAAGCAGAGUUGACCAACAACACUGCGGAACUGCGCAUCUUGCGAAAGUCGAAGGCUAGCUUGCACAGAGAGCUUCGACGUAAAGAGCUGCAGAGACAGCAAUACGUGAUUCAGGAAAGCGACAACAGUCUAUAUGGACGUGCUUCAAUCAGAAUCAAGUCUAUACAAGUUGGUCGAGAGGACGAUGGCAAGGAGUUUGCGGUGUACGUCGUCGAGGUGCAGAGGAAUGCCGGGGAGAAGAUGCCGGCAGCUACGUGGAUCGUGACGCGGCGGUACAGCGAGUUCCAUGAUCUUCACCAGAGAUUGCGGCAUAGAUAUCCCUCAGUACGGAAUCUUGACUUCCCGCGGCGAAAGUUGGUUAUGAAGCUGCAAAGCGACUUUCUUCGAAAACGCCGCGAGGCUCUAGAAGCCUAUUUACAGUCGCUUCUUCUGCUGCCUGACGUAUGCCGCAGCAGGGACUUGCGAGCCUUCCUUUCGCAGAGCGUGAUCACGCACGGCGAAGAUCUGUUGAGUCGCGAAGACAAGAAAGACAUGAUCACCCGGCUCUAUGACUCAGUGACGGACGGUAUGGAAGAUAUCCUAGGGAACAUCCCCGUGUUGGACCAAUUAUCGGUGGCAGGGCAGAACUUAAUCGCGGCUGCGACGAGCCAGAUCAACACGAUGCCGCUCAACGUGGCCGAAGACGCCAUGACGGCAGCGGAAGCCGAGGCUGAGCUGAACGCUUUCGAAAACAAGGAAUUAGAGCCCUUUAUCAAACCAAUCUGCGACAUCUUCCUCGAGGUGUUUGGCCUCAACCGCGGUAACAACUGGCUUCGCGGGCGGGCGGUGGUGGUGGUGUUGCAUCAGAUGCUGGGCGGCACCAUCGAACGGAAGGUGCGAGACAACUUCAAAGUAUUGGUACAGGAAGACGCCAUGCUCAAAUACAUUGGACUUUUGAGGGACAGUAUGUGGCCCGCCGGGCACAUCAACAGGAAUAAAGUGCCUCGGACAACGUCGGAGAAGGCAAAGACCCGCAGGGAGGCCAGUCUGAUGCUGGCCACAUUGGUGCCAGACCUUGCCGGCAAUGUGGUCGGGCGGCUGAACGCGCAGGCUGCCAGCCGCAGGAUCUUUGCCACGCUCAACAACCCGAGACUAAAUUCCCAUUUGGUCUUUACGAUUAUGGACGAACUAGUCGACGUUUUGUUCCUCGAAGAAUGA